AUGUCCAACGACAAGAACAACAACACCAAGCCCAUCGCCUUUGACGAUGUCCCACGCGAGCGAGCCAACGAGCCACGACCUGACUUCUCGAAACCUCUGCCUCGCAAAAGACUUCCUGCCGCUCUACAAGAAACUUUGGACAAUGAAGAGAAGCUAUGGGAAACCAUGUACGAGGGUCACGCUCAGGAAUCCACCGAGAGCUCCGUCCGUUAUGCUGGUUAUGCCUCAAGAGUCCGUACCAUCUUGAUGUCGGCCCACCGCUAUGUAGCAUACACCAGUGAUAUUGGCGAGAGCUUCAGACCUAUUGCCCACCCUUACCUAAUAAAGGGUGCGUACGGUAUCUCGUGGGCUUAUCUCCUCGGUGAUGUCUCGCACGAGGGCUACAAGGCCUACAUCCGCAACCAGCGUGUCCGCAACCCUGACGUGUCCACCGAGAACACGCCUGCCGCAGCUACUUCCGGCAGUGUAGCUCAACUCACUCCAGGCAAGAUUCCUCUCAUCGAGGAUUAUAGAACAGUCAUGGCGCAAAGGGCAAUCUUCCAAGGUAUUGCCAGUAUGGGUCUGCCUGCCUUCACUAUCCACUCGAUCGUGAAGUACGCUGGUAAAGCUCUGAAGAACAACAAGAAUGUAAAGCUUCGAACAUGGGGUCCCAUCGGUUUGGGUCUUGCCGCAGUCCCUGCGCUGCCGUUUAUGUUCGACGAGCCUGUCGAGCACGCUGUCGAGUGGGUCUUCCACAAAGCCUUCUCGACCGUUGGUGGAGAUGCCGCUGUCCACGGUCGCCCUGAGACAGGCAGAUCCGACCUUCUCCAAAUCGAGUCCAAGGUUGGCGCCGUGAAGGAGAAGGAGCUAUGA